AUGUUCGAAAAUCUCUCCGACAAAUUAACUCAAACCCUGCGCGGUAUCCAAGGGCGCGCCAAGCUCUCGGAAGAAAAUGUCAGUGAUGCGCUGCGUGAUGUGCGGAUGGCGCUUUUAGAAGCUGACGUUGCUCUGCCGGUUGUUAAAACCUUUAUCGAGCAGGUCAAAACCAAGGCGCUGGGUACGGUUAUUUCCAAUGCCCUUAAUCCCGGCGAACAAUUUGUCAAAAUUGUGCACGAUGAACUGGUGCACACCAUGGGUGACGCCAACGAUGCGUUGAACCUGGCAGCAGCACCGCCGGUUAUUAUUCUGAUGGCGGGUCUGCAGGGUGCUGGUAAAACCACCACGGUUGCCAAGCUCGCGCGAUAUCUGUCCGAGCGGGAAAAGAAAAAAGUUGCUGUGGUCAGCGCCGACGUCUAUCGACCUGCGGCGAUUGCACAGCUGCAAACCUUAGCCGCCGAGGUGAAGGCACAUUUUAUUGAAUCCACAGCAGAUGAAGCGCCGCUGGCAAUUGCUGAACGCGCCGUCGCCGAGGCUAAAAAGCAAUUUGCUGAUGUCCUUAUUGUUGAUACCGCCGGGCGAUUAGCCGUCGACGAAGCCAUGAUGGGCGAAAUCCGCAGUCUGCAGGAUACUUUGCAGCCUGUAGAAACUCUGUUUGUGGUGGAUGCAAUGACCGGCCAGGAUGCCGCCAACACAGCUCAGGCGUUUAAUCAGGCGCUUACGUUAACUGGUGUCAUUCUCGCCAAAGCUGAUGGUGACGCUCGGGGUGGUGCCGCACUGUCUGUUCGCGCAAUUACCGGUAAACCCAUCAAGUUCCUGGGUAUGGGUGAAAAAAGUGAUGCCCUCGAGCCUUUUUAUCCGGAUCGCCUGGCCUCUCGAAUUCUGGGCAUGGGUGAUGUGCUGUCGCUCAUUGAAGAAGCUGAACGUAAAGUCGACAAGGCCAAAGCGCAGAAGCUCGCCAACAAAAUCACCCGCGGGCGCAAAUUCGACCUUGAAGAUUUCCGCGAUCAGAUUGAUCAGAUGGCCAAUAUGGGGGGUAUUUCCAGCAUGCUGGAUAAGUUACCCGGCGCUGGGCAGUUGCCACCCGGUGCACAGGCGCAACUGGACGAUGGAUUGUUCAAACGCAUGGGUGUGAUCAUAGAUUCCAUGACGGCACAUGAACGUCGUUUCCCCGAUGUGAUCAACGGCUCUCGCAAGCAGCGGAUAGCCAAGGGUAGCGGCACCGAAGUGCCGGAUGUGAAUCGUCUGCUCAAGCAGCACAAGCAGAUGCAGAAAAUGAUGAAAAAAGUGUCCAAAAAAGGCGGUAUGCAGAAAAUGAUGCGCGGCCUGCAGGGCAUGAAGCCGCCGCCAGGCGCCGGCGCCAUGGGCAUGGCGUUUGUCGACGUCAUCCUUAACGAGACAAAUGCGACGGUACUGAUGGUAGACAAAUACCAUCAACCCGGUGGGCACUGGAAUGUGGCUUACCCCUAUGUACGGCUGCAUCAGCCGUCAGCCUUUUACGGCGUUAAUUCGCGCAAUCUGGGUUCUGACACUAUCGAUACGCACGGUUGGAAUGAAGGUUUGUACGAGCUGGCCACCAACAGUGAGGUGUGCGCCUAUUUUGACCAGGUUAUGCAACAGCAGUUUUUACCCAGCGGUCGAGUGCAGUAUUUUCCCAUGUGUGAGUACAUCUCAGACGGGGUGUUCAAAUCCUUGUUGAGCGAAAACGAAUAUCAGGUCAAUGCAGGAAAGAUUGUUGACGCGACUUAUAUGAACGUGACCGUGCCUUCCAUGCGCGAACCAACGUACCCGGUUACGGAGGGGGUCACCUGUGUGCCGCCCAAUGCCCUUCCCAAAGUGGUGGGUGGUUUUAAAAAAUACACGGUCAUCGGUGCCGGUAAAACCGGCAUGGAUGCGUGUCUUUUCCUGCUUAAAAAUCACGUCGAUGCGGAACACAUUCGUUGGAUCAUGCCCCGGGAUUCAUGGCUGCUGGACCGCGCCAACAUCCAGCCGGGCAAGCUGUUUUCACAAUCCAUAGGGCAGGGGUUUGCUAAACAGACCGAGGCAAUCGCCAAGUCGACAUCUAUUGAAGAUCUGUUCGAGCGGGUCGAAGCCAGCGGUCAGCUGCUGCGUCUGGACCCCAGCAUCGAACCGACCAUGUACCGGUGCGCCACGGUGACCAAGGCUGAACUAGUGCAACUGCGGCGCAUCAAAAAUAUUGUGCGUAUGGGGCGGGUGACGUCCAUUGAGCCCCAUCGUCUUAAUUUGCAGCAGGGUGAGAUAGCCACUGAUCAGCAGACCCUGCACAUUGAUUGUACCGCUGAUGGGCUUGAGCGUCGGCCUGCAACACCGGUGUUUAAUAAUGGCACUUUGACAUUGCAAUCGGUGCGAACCUGCCAGCAGGUUUUCAGUGCUGCGUUUAUCGGUCAUGUUGAGGCGAGCUACAGUGACGCGGCUGUGCAAAAUGAAUUAUGUACCCCGGUACCACAUCCAGAUGAUGCAAUUGACUUCCUGCGCACGAAUUUGGUCAGCAACACAAAUGCGGCUCGAUGGGCGCAGGAUUCUGAGCUUCAGUCCUGGCUGCUGCAUGCUCGCCUGGAUGGAUUCUCCAACCCUGCAACCGUGCCGGAUACCAAUAACCCGGAGGUGGUUCAACGUAUGGCGGAGCUGGCUAAAGCCAGUCGCGCGUCGAUGGAAAAUCUCAGAGUUUUACUGGCCGGUUUGGAUCAACAGUGA